GCCGUCAGGGGAAGCAGAGGGAGAGCAGAGCGGCUUCACUGGCUGUACUGAAGGAAUCCGGAUAUGAUGAAAAUGUUUUAGAAGCAGAACUAUCCUGAGCAAAAACUACCGCCACUGAACGUCGAAGGCAACACGACGAAUAUUAUUGAUAUUUUUUUCACGUCGUCAACAUCUGAAGAAAACCGCAGCAGGACUGACUGGGACACAGUAACAAGUCAACUUCGGCUACUUUGUAAACUUUCUGGACUCUAAGUUACUCCUUCAUCCAGUUUUUUUUUUUUUUUUUUUUUCUCUCCAACGUCUCGGGAAAGAUCUGGAGGAAGGAAGGAUGGGAAUAAGUCAGAUUUGAAGAGAGGGAGUUGUCAUGUUUGAAAGCACUGAGGGCUGAGGAAAGGGAGGAACUCGUACUUCUACUGUGUGUGUCCGCAAAAGACGUCUGUCUCAUGUCCAAGGAGACCGUGUUUCCUGCGGAUGGGCCGGCAGGUCCAGCAAAGGGCCCCCAGCAAGAGACCAGUCCCCUCCUGUCAGCUUCACAUGAUGCAUCUGACAGUGAACCAUCAGGAAGAACACCGUCUCCCAGGAAACCAGCGUCUGAAGAUCACAUGACUGAGGAGAAGCCUAAUUAUUGUGAGCCUGUAAGAACUCAACCUCAGCCUGAACCUCAGCCAGUGCCCUCAGAGCCUGCUGAAAGAGACGAUGGCAAGGACCAAAAUGACUUUCACCACAACAGCACUGGCACACCCACCUUGAGUAAUGGCAACGGAAUCCACCCUGGCAUCAGCGGGGCUGGGGCCACGCGCCUGUGCUCCUGUGGUGCCAACAUCAGUGCGGGCAGCAUGGGUGUGUCAGGCCCUGGUGCAAGAAUAAUGACAUCUGCAUCAGCGACAACAGAGCAGCCCAAGAAACAGCCGUCUACGCCUGUGUCACAGAGGAUGCAGCGGAAGUUGCGGUCCAGCUUGUCAGUUAACAGUGACAGCAGUCGUCGCAGCAAAGGCAGUUCCACAGGCUCACAGAAACCUCCUCUACCAGAAGACUGCUGUGUCCACUGCAUCCUGGCCUGCCUGUUCUGCGAGUUCCUGACGCUUUGCAACAUGGUUGUGGCUCAGGCCUCGUGCGGCACAUGCACCUCAGAAGCUUGCUGCUGCUGCUGCUGCACGGAUGACAUGGGUGAUGACUGCAACUGCCCCUGUGACAUGGACUGUGGCAUAAUGGAUGCCUGCUGUGAGUCAUCGGAUUGCCUGGAAAUCUGUAUGGAGUGCUGCGGCAUCUGCUUCCCCACAUAGGGAGGCCUGUGCUGAGGUUUGCAGGGUGCCUCCACGGACUAUAACUGGACCCUGGAUGGAAAACUAGAAGGAAAAUGCUGUUGCUGUCACUUUGAAUUCAACAGACAACAAACAAGAGUGUUUGUGAUGGUAUGCAUUUGUGCUUUUUGUGUCUGAUGAGAGUUGUGUGUAUGUUUUGUUUUUGUUUUUUUAUGUAAGUGAAGCAUGUUUUGAAAGAUGUAUUUUGACACUGGGCUUCUCCAUCUAAACCAGCUCAGCAGGGGCAAGAAGAUACUCCAGAUAAGUUAGUUAUAUGAACAAGUCAAUUAACUCUUCAGUGUGUAGUAGUAAGUUGUUUCUGUUGUGCAUUCUAUUCUUUGUGAAAGAAAUAUUGUUACCUUAAAGAUUUUAUUUUUUUUUCCGGAAUACUGUCUAAAUGUACCUUGUUGUUCCUCUUCUCUCUCAUUUUGAUGUCACUUCCUCUGUUCAAAUGUUCACUACAUGUUUUUUUUUUAAUGCUCAAAAACUGAAGUUACAGUUUUAGUACUGUACAACACUGUAAAAGUUUAUGUGAUAGUUCAUAAUACUUAAAUGCAAACAUUCUAGUUUUGCCGCACAGAUUUUCAUUUACACAAUCUACUGUAGCACUGUAAAACAAACCUGGUGAAAUUUCAAAGGUCAAUCAGGGCAUAAAGACCAUCUGCUACUACAGAAAACAAAAAAUUUGAUGGCGCCUGGAUUUUUCUAUUACAAGUAUUUUGUUUUUUGUAUUGAAGUGGCCUCGUAUUACA